AUGAAAACAAAAGAAGAUAUCUUUUUCACAAAAACCGUGCAAGAUGAGACAAGUUGCGCUUCGACAUGCAAUGCUAAUACCCAUUGUCAUUCUGCGCUGUUUGACAGGAUUUCAAAGAAGUGUUCUCUACUGAGAGCAAAAGAGAACUUUCAGAGUCAGGACACCGUUGAGCCAAGAGAGAAAAUACUUCUGGAAAAGGUGAGCUGAAAGUUUGCAUUAUUUUCGUGUAAUCACCUGCAAAUUCUAACAUCGUUUACACCCAGCUGAAUGAGAUGAAAUCGCAGAUCGCCACCAUUUCGGAACAAGUUACAGCUUUAAGGCACUACAUACAUUUUCUACAUAAAAAAACAACGUAUCUGCAUGGAAAUAGAGGAAAAUCAAGAUAAAAUACUGUAACUUGAGUAGAAUCGCAUUAGAUAAUAAAAACGUAUGUUGUGAAGAUUCUGCCUUCACGUUUGUAAUUGAAAUUAUGGUAUAAGGCAGUUUGGCAAUCAUUUUUCUUUCUCUGUCUCUCGCUCAUGGUUUAAAGGCAAAAAAAUAAAAACUGUGGCGCGGCUGUAAGUGUAACUGGCUUGGGCGACAGCUGCCACAAGCAUUGAGGUCAUGGAAAAUGAACAGCUUCAUUUCAUCAAAAGCAAACAGAUUAAAUUUGAAAAACAAUAUCAUCCAAUUUUUCUCAGGAAAAAAAAUAAUAACCCGGCUCCUGUAUUCAUGUAGGUGGCCAUUGUUGCGAACAACAAGCAUGAGUCAUCCGAUAAUUCUGCCGCUAACGAGAGUAAUGGGAACACAACUGCUGUUAGAGGUAAGAGGGGACAUAAGACGACAACCGGUAACUAGGUCAAUAAAGGGGGUACUUUUUUAAAGAAACUGUGGUGCUGCGUCGGAGGAGGAGUAUAGCAGAUAACUUGACUUCAUGAUGCAAAUUGGCCACCGUAAAGAGUUUCAAAGCUGACGUUUUUAGCGUAAGUCCUUCGUCAGAGUGAUUCGCUCUAUGCAAUUCCUCCAUUAGUUCUAACGAAGGGCUAAUGCCCGAAACGUCAGCUUUGCAACUCUUUACGGUGGCCAAUUUACAUUAUCAACUCAGUUGAUAGAAGAACCAAAUUACCUAAGGGAAAUAACAGUCCUAAUUAAUCAGAAACCUUCUUUUCAGCCUCUCCUCAGGUCAGGUUUAAGGAAGUGGUUGAAGGAAAAAAAUACAGAACAGUAUCGAUCAAGGAGAGGGUGUACAGUCAAGUGCCUCGCUUUCCAGAUUAUUUUUGGCGGUCUGAUGAUUAUAUAAAAAUAAGAGACAUAAGAAAGACAUAAUUGACACUUGAUUAACCUUGUCGCCUCAUUUCAUUCUCUGUUAUCCUCUCCCUUCGUCAAGAACAAAUUCAAUUUCAUCAGUAGAUGAAAUCAAUAUUCGACAAUUUUUACUGCGAAACAUAUCACUAACCUUCUAUUUUCUUUGCUUGCAUAAUAGGUCAAAACGUCAAUGCCUGGACGUCUUGUCAUGAAAUCCUGCAAAGAAAUAGGUAUACAUUAAAAAAAAAAAAAUAGUCAAAACAUUCAUAUAAGCAUCUUAGUGAAAAAUAAGAAAGGCCCCGCAAGUGUCCCUGUAAUGAUCUCCGUUACCAAAACAAUGAGAGCCUCUCCCCUUCCACCCACCCCCUCCCCACCCUUUCGAUUUACCUGCUGAGGAAGGGAAGGGGGGGGGGUUAUGUUACACUUCUUAGAAACCUUUGUGAACUCUCUCCCUGAUCAUUUAGUCAUUUCGAGUCCAGGUCCAUGGAUCAAGCAAAGUUCUAAACGGGUUUCAUUUAGAAUUUAUUUUCAACUGAAAAAAAUUACAACGUAUAACAAAUGCAUUUCCUAUCAUUACAGCUCGAGCCCAAGUGAGCGUUACAACAUAACACUCGGUAAUAUCACGUGGGAGACAAGGUGUUCUAUGAGAGGCAUUCCCGGAUGCGGAAAUGGAACCUGGGAACUACUUAUGAGAAUCAAAGGUCCAAGGGUAGUUAAGUCAUGGAUUAAUCACUUUGAAGAAAUGUUAGUGUUUGUAUUGAAUCAUUGUUACAAUGAGUGUUUUGUGUUCUUACGGAAAAAUUUCGUACCCGUUAUAGAGUACUUUCAGAUAUAAUUCCUCUCACUGGACCAGCCAAGCUUCCUAUGGGUCAAUAG